GAUAAACGACGAACAUGGCUGAGGAGGCUUCUUGUAGACCGGAACGGGGGUCCUCGAGGAGGCGAAAGCCUCAUCCUUAGCCAGCAAGUAUUUCCGUCUGAGAAGAAGGAGAGACGGAAGCGCUAUUGGAAAUGCAAGGAAGUGGGAGGCGGGACGACGGGGAGCGUGAUCGCGAGUCGGCUGUCGGAGAACCCGUGGGCGAAGGUGCUGGUGAUCGAGGCCGGCUCGGACGGGUCCAAGCUCUCCCUGAUACCUCCCUUCGCCUCUUUCAUGUGGUGGUUCACCAAGUUCGACUAUGCCUACUCCAGUGAGCCUCAGGAGGAUUCCUGCCUCGCGCUCAAGGAAGGGCGAUGCCGCUGGUUCCGGGGUCGGAUGCUGGGAGGGACUUCGUCCAUGAACGGUGCCCUGUACGUCCGGGGAAACCGCAAGGACUACGACAACUGGGCCUCCCUGGGGAACCCUGGCUGGUCCUUCAACGACCUCCUCCCGCUUUUCAAGCGGGCUGAGAACUUUCUCAUCGAGGAUAUUCCUGAUGCGGAUGUCGCUUAUCACGGAACCGACGGAUAUUUCCCCGUCUCCCACACGUACAUCACGCACGUCCUGCCUGCAUUCAUCGAGGCCGGCCAGAGCGCCGGCUUUCCCUAUAAUGAAGACUACAACGGCGCAUUUCAGAAAGGUAAUGCCUCGUCGGACGACGUCACGCUUUAUAAAAGUCGAGAUGGUGCCACUAUCAUCCCAGGUGGCAGCACCAUCGCUUGGAUCGCUGGAUCGGACAGGGUCCACGACGGGAACCUGUCUCGGUCCGAUGUUCAGGAAGAGCUUGCUCAGCGUGGUUUCAGCCAGGUGCAAGUGGCGGCCAAGAGAGGAAUCCGAUACAGCACGGCCAGGGCGUAUCUGACGCCUGUGAAGCGCCGCAGGAACCUCCACGUCGUCCUCAAUACCCCCGUUGCCAAGAUCGUGAUAGAUGAGUCGACGAAGACAGCGAAGGGGAUCGAGUUCCUGGCUGUGGACGGUUCCAAGCGUUUCGUAUCGGCAACGAAGGAGGUGAUCCUGUCGGCUGGGGCUGUCGCCUCUCCUCAGAUCCUCAUGCUCUCCGGCAUCGGACCCAAAGACGAACUCGACCGGUAUCAGAUCCGGUCUCUGGUGAACCUUCCUGUGGGAGAGAACCUUCAGAGCCACGCAGGCCCCGGGGGACUCUACUUCAGCUUCACCCAGAAGGAAGGCUACUACGUCCCGCAGAUUCUCACGGUCGAUCUCAUCCCCAGCGUCCUCAACUACCUCCUGAAGGGCCAAGGUAGAUCUGUCGGUCAUGACUAUCGAUCUCAAGUAUUAUUCUCUGGAAAGAAUCGCAUAAGCCACUCAGAUUCCAACUCUGCACAACAAGAAUAUAUUAAGGGCUAA